AUUCAGUCAGUUUUGCGCUGACCGCGGUUCGAGAGUGUUGUGUCGCGCAUGCGCCGUGUUCGCACUGUCACACGAACGUAAAUAAACAAGUGAACAUUUUGUGCCAAAUACUUUCAGAUAUUCUGUUGUUUUAAUUAGAAGGAAGUUUUUAUUCGUAGCUGACCUUGGUUGAUUUGAAAGCAAAUUAACAAAAGGAAUGAGAAAACGUCACUAGAAUCUUCAAAAUGCACCUACAAACGGUCUUGGCUUUAAGCGCCAUUCUGCUUUGCGAUGCAAAACUGCCAAAAUUAAAACAACACAUUUUGCCAAACGAGCUACCGCUAUCAUCAAAACACGAACACAAUUCGCAAAAGUUUACAGAAUUAAAAAACGAAAAGACUAGUCGGAUAGUUGAUCAAUACAGAGUGCGACAUCGGCGAGACGUGUUCGAUUCGAACGCAUUUGAAUCUCGUUUGAAUUGGACGCACACGGAGAGUUUGGACGAAAAUGGCGAUUUUGUGUUGAAAUGGAUUAGUUCGAACUCGGGAGUGACUUUUAGGCUGGAAGCGAGAACCACUGGUUACGUCGGUCUAGGGUUUAAUUCGGCGAGUAAUAUGAGAGGCGCCGACUUGGUAGUCGCCUGGGUCGACGACAGGAACGAGAGAGCUCAAAUUUUGGAUUGUCACGGCCUGCAUCAUGAUGGAGAGAUAGUGGCUGAUGAAGUCCAAAACUAUGAGCUGAUAUCUGGUCAUCAGAACCGCACCCACACCGUAGUAGAGUUCAGGAGGCCCUUCAACACUAAUGAUAAGGAGGACUAUAUCAUCAAUGAUAACACGAUUCAAGUGCUGUGGUCCCUUGGGCCCCCCGGGUCCGAUGGGGAACUCCCGAAGCACGUCAAGAGUGGGUCGAAGCCGCUUCGCCUCAUACAGGCCCUGUCGAAACCCGAGACGAUUUCUCUCAUGCAUUGGGAUGUCGCUCUCAAAAAUAUAACGAUACCCAACUACCAAGCCACUCUCUUCUGGUGCAAAAUCAUCAAAGUCCCCGAGCUACCGAGUAAACAUCACAUCGUUGGCUACCAACCAUUGAUCGACAGCAAACCUAUAAGGGAUGGCAACGCUGUCAAUGAAAAAAUCAGUUCCCCUGUCCACCACAUGGUGUUGUACGAAUGUGCCGACGACCCUGAUACUUACACGUGGAAUGUCUGGGCCCAAGAUAAUGGCAGUUUUGGACCGAACAGGCCCAUUGAGUGGGCCAUUUGUGCCACGCCUAUCGCGGCGUGGGCUAUGGGCUCUAAAGGUGAAUUCCUGCCUGAAAACGUGGGCAUCCCGCUCGGGGGGCGGGGGGGCGUGCAGUACUACAUGCUGGAGAUACACUACGACAACAACGCUUUACAUGAAGUUCUGGACAACUCCGGCAUCAGGGUGCUAUACACACCAGAACUUCGUCAACACGACGGCGCGCUGCUGGGCGCGGGCAUUGGUGUAUCCGCCUUGCAUCUCAUUCCGCCUAAACAACCGCAGUACAGGACUGUCGGCAUCUGCAGUUCUGAGUGUACCUCUAGUAUAAUGCCAGAAACAGGAAUAAAUAUAGUGUCUGUGCUGUUACACGCACACGGGACUGCGAGAAAGAUUGCACUCAAACACGUCAGAGAUUUCAAGGAGCUGCCUGUUAUUUCAGAGGAAUCCGCCUACGAUGCAAGAUAUCAGCAAUCUCGAGUAGUUCCUGGGGGAAGGAAAUUCUUGCGAGGCGAUGUUCUUAUCACAGAAUGCACUUACGACACUACUUCCAGGGAUAAACCUAUUCUUGGCGGUUAUUCUACAUCACAGGAGAUGUGCCUAUCGUUCGUGCUGUACUACCCUCGUACGGAACUCGCCGGCUGCUACUCCAUGACUCCAGUCGACGAGUUCUUCGAGACUUUUGGAGUGACCGAGUUCUACUACCUCUCCAUGACCAGCAUUCAAAACGUGUUCUUAUCUUCUGGAAGUUUGGAAAACCUAACGAUUCCCGUCGAAAUGGAGAUGAGGCUCGCCGCUCAGGAGGAGACCAGGAUUUUCCAGGGAGACGACCAAGGAGUCAGCUUUUUAGAAUCCCUAAUGAUCAAGAACCCUCCGGAGUUCCGCAACAAGACGUUCAUGGCUCACCUCAACGAGAUGCAGUGGUCGGAGCCGCUGCUGACGUCGCAGGUGGAGACUCGCCUCACCCACAAGGGCUACCACAUGAUGUUCUGCAAGAAGCGGGACGACACCUGGGCUGUGCCCAUACAAAUCGAACAAUAUCCGAUAUACAAGGAGCUAUCGAACGACAUAUCAGAAAAACACUACAAGGGUUUCAAACUGCCUUCAGUAACCACUCCCGCUGCUGGAUCAGCUGUCACCGUCCGCGAUUUUGAUGUGGCGGCCAUCUUGUGUUUGGCAAUAUCAAUAAUAGUAGCGCGGUAAUAGCAAAAAACAAUUAUAAUUCUUAAAGUAAGUACAUUCAGAGCCAAUGAUGUUUCUAUGUUGUUUAUGUUUGAUUUUUAUUUAAAAAAAACUUUUUCUGUGUAACACGAAAACGGACAUCUGAAUAAAGUAUUAUUUUGCCAAAUUGUGUAAUGGCGAAUGUCGAAUAAACUCACUAUGGACCUAACCAAAGGUUAGGUUCGUUCUUGUAGUUUUUAAGUGUAUGAAAGAUGUGAUUUUUGUACUUAUGUAUUGUGUGAAAUAUAUUGCUCAUGGAAUAGUGAAAUUGAAUGCACAAAACAAUAGGCUGGUACCUAUAUAGCAUACUAUUGGCGAAAAUACAUAUUUUCAUUAUGAAAAUGUAUUGCUUGACUAUCAUUUCGUUAUAAAUAAUAAACUAUCUAUAAUUUAUAUAUAAAUAUAAUUUUCAAGACUGCCCUGACUACGCUCAUGUAUGUAAUUAUAUUUUUUUUGGAAGGGAAUUUAUCUCCUAUUUAUGUAAGCAGUAUGUGUCUUUGUAACGUGUGAAAAGUGAUGUCAUUUAUUAUGAAAUAAUAUCCUAUUCGCAUUAGUGAUUUAUGAUAAUUGCUAUCUUUCUAGUGUAUAAACGUUCCAAUGCAAUAAUUUUAAUAAUAUUUAUCUAUUUGUCUUUCGUAUGCAAGUAUGUAUACUAGGUACAUCCUAAGAAUAGAUUGGGAAAUCAAGAACAUAAAAUUUGCUUAUCGUGUAGUAAGUGUGAUUUGUACAAGUUAAUUUUGACGCCGACUUAGACCUGCGCGCCACUGACCUUUAGACAAAAUAGCGUACUUUGCAUUUAUCUCCGCAGGUUGGAGUUAACGUCAAAUUUCAACUGUGUGCAGCAGUGCAACUCACCUUUAUUAUAUAUAAAAUCUACUUAUUAACAAUGCAUUUAUAAAUAAAAUAAUGAUUCCAAUAAAAUAAUAUUGUGAUCUGUUAAUUUAUGCAUAAAAUAAAUCAUGAAUGAUCGACGAAUAUGUUAAUAAAUGCUAUAUUUUGACAACAAAUCGCAGAACAAAAUCUAAAGUAGUAAGAAUAAGCAAUAAAAUUAAAUCUAUAUAGUGUGUAAAUUUAAUAUUUAGCUCAUCGGCUCAAUAGAUAUACUUGAACUUCAAUAAAAUAUGCCUGAAAUGGGUUUCCAAGUUCCUUUGGCGCUAGUAUAGUGUGAGUGAAAGGCACUAUAAAGUGUAUGCGAUAGACUGAGAUAUGUGGCAAAUUGAGUUCAAUGUAUUUUUAAAAUAUGCCGCAUUUAUUAUAGUCGUUGUGAUGUAGAGGAUUGCUAUCUGCCUUAAACAAUGUCUAUGGAAAGAACAUGUUAGAUAAAUGUAGAAAUAUAAAUAGUCCGCGCCACGAAUAAAGUUCCGCAGAAGCGGCGCCACUGUCGCAGGUAACAACAAAGUGGCAACUGUCAUUGAUAGUUCCACAAAUUUCCGCACUACUCGUUUCGCGGCGCGGAUUCUAUACGUAACACUGGGAGGUUCUAUACAAGUGAUUUACAUAAUAAAUAGGUGUUUAGUCUUUUUAACGCAAAUGUAAGGUCAGUGAAUUAUUUUCUUGAGAUGUAACUUCAAAAUACUAAGGUAUAUCCAGGGCUGUGUUUAUAAGCUCUAUAGGGCUGUCGACAUCGUGCGCGUAGCUUGUACAGUGGGUUAUUAGGGCGCGGCAUCACUGCUCCGAUUUUGUUACGCAGCGUCGACGCGAGCGUUGCCGUUCUGUCGUUGCCUAACGGAACUAAUGAUGCACCGCUCUUAGUUGAAAUGAAGUGUGCCAUUUUGCAGCAAGAAAAUUUGAUACCUAUGUAUAACGCAAUAGUGGCGUCAUUUCAACAGUUCAUUUACAUUGUUUUAGGCUAAUCUCUAUAUCAUACAAGUAACGCGCAUGAAGUUGAUGUGUAGCACCUAUUUCUACGAUUUUGUAUCGUAUUAAAUAAUAUUACUUGUACUUUUUACGUCCUGUAUGUAUUGUAAAUUGUAGAAAUAGGCAUUUUCCGAAACGAACAUUUGAGUCAUAUGGUAAGAACUUGCAUUUUACUGUUUUAGUUUAUACCUGUUUUUUUAAGGUGGUAGUUGUAAGUAUACGCUUAGUAAUUAUUAUUUUUAUUUAUUUAAAAAGUCAAUAUAAUGUGUUUUAUUACUUUC